AGCAGCAGGGGGCGCUGAAGAGCGCUGCGAGUAUUACAGGUUCACGUGAGUCACAGCACGGACGUGCGCGGUGCUCAGUUUAAUGUUUGACGUCUGUCAGAAGAACGCUGCGUUUCAUUUCAAAGCAGAAUGAGUUUGGACGCAGUUUCUGAGUCGAGGUUUGGGAUUUGAUUGAUGAUGGCGGUGAACUGGGCCGAGAGGAUCUCUGCUUUCUCCCGCAGCCCGUCUCGCUUCCUCUCCGGAACAACAGCUGAGGCUUUCCUGGCGGAGCUGCUCCGAGAGCUGCGAGAUGACAGAGCCACGUACAGCGUCAAGGUCCUCCUCUUGUCCCCACUAUGUGAGCACCCGGCUCUGCUGUGUCCCUCAGACUCAGUGGGCGAGGAGACGGCCCUGGAGCUCAUGUCAGUGUUCGCCCAGUGUCCUCCUAAGUCUGUCCAGUUUCGCUGUCACCUCCUCCUGGCCCUCACCUCUGUGCUCGUCUGCACUUCCUGCGUGAGCGGCCGUUCCCGUGCAUCUCAAGACUUCCUGGACCUGCUCCUUCAGAUAGCCGAAGACACCAUAGACCUCCACGGUGAUGGUGCUGCUCGUUCUGUGCGGGCCACGGCUUGUGACUGCCUGCGGGAGCUGGAGGCCUGCUCUCCGGGACUUCUCUCCCAGCGCCUCGAGCUCCUGGGUGGUCUCCGGCAGAGAGAAGCCUCCCGGAUCCACCAGGCCUACGCAGCACUUCAUACUCUGGUGUUGAGAAACGCCGUGUAUCAGCUCACCCAGCAAACUGGAGCUGGUGCUGAGCAUCUUAAGGCUCUUCUUGGAGGAAAUACAUCAGUUGCUUGGGAAGCAGAGCAGGACUGCAGCCUGAUGAACGACAAAGACUCAGCCAUCCUGUCUUCUCUCAUCCUUGGACCUAUGGGUACAGUGCCGACCCUCCAGACUGGACCUGACUGUAAGGAGUUGCGUUCAGUCCUGUCCUCCCUCCUGGAGGAUUCCUACCUCCUGACCCCACUGUGUCAGGCUGCACUGCUUCACAGAUUGACGGAGGUGGUUUCCAUGGUGCCUGGUGUUCCUCCAGCAGUAUUUAGAGCUCAGCUGCUGCGACUGCUGGGCACGAGCGAGGUCUGCCUCCUCCACACCACCCUGCUGAUGAAGUGUGCCUUCACAGACAGCCUGUUCAGCGCCGAAGACGAAGCUUUCAUCCUCAAGCGGCUGGUUGUGCUGUCCCAGCAUCCGCUCCUGAGUACACCCGAGAAGCUUUUCUACAUGGACUGCAUCCUGCACUUUCCCGAGAACCGGCCAAUCAGCUGCGGCGAUGGCGACGAGACCCUCCCUGUUCUGCUGACUCCGCGUCUCGCAUCGGCUCUGGUGCCCACCGUGUUCAACGACAGCGCCACAAUGCUGGCCCGCUUCAACCUGCUCUCUCUGGUCUACCUGGAGGAUGAAGUGGAGGGGGAGGGGGAGGGGGAGGGGAGCAGGGGGCUGGCGUACCUCUAUGAACAUCUCACCUCGCUGUUAGACAUUGUGCAAAGCGGAGGCAGCCGCGAGAUCAUCGUCACCUUCUUCAGAGCCGCCUUCCUCUUCCUGUUCUACUUCUGUCAAGUGGAGCGCUACUCCAGCGGCCUGACGGAGAAGCUAUGUAAGCUGUACCUAUGCCACACCUACCUGGCUCCGCACCUCAUCAACCUGGCCGACCAGACCCAGGACAGGCUCACUGAGUCCAGUUGGGCUGUGGGGCUCCUGAAGGCCCUCCAGGUAGUCAUCACCAAAGCCCCGCUAGCCCAGCUCACCUUACAAGACCUCAGCCAGCACCUCAAGAUGCUGACUCGGGUGGCGGAGGAGGGAGAAAUCCCCCAGACCAACACCCUCAACUUCCUGUCCAGCAUCAUCACACCGUCUUCCUCCUCUCUGAGUGGAGACUGGCGUCUUGGCAACAGCCUGCUGGGUGUUUGCCGCCGCCUCCUCGUCCACCCCAGCCUGGACUCGCUGCUCCUUCCCCUGGCUGACAUCCUGCAGCAUCUCACCUGCCACUACGGAAACACAGACAUCCAGGACCACGCCCGCCUCUACUACACCCUCCUGACCACGCUGUCCCGGGAGAAGCUGGCCGGAGUUUUGGCGCAGGGUUUGACUGAGGGAGGACGGCAGGUCAAGAAGCGAUCUCUGUCCUCCAUCAUGGCUGAAGGUGAGGGGCUCACAAGCAUGCUAACCAUUCACCGGGUGGAGAAGGCGAUAUUCAGGCUGAUUGAGGCCGGUUGUGAGCCCAGAGGAGAACCACAAACAGAGAAAGGAAGUGACCUAACCCUGAAUGAGACAGAGAGUAGCCCAGGAGAGGCAAAUGUGGUACUGGAAACCUACAGAGCUCAGUUCGAAGACCCUAACUUUGCCUCAGAAGUCAUCUUAGACUACCAGCUGACUCAUAUGGAAGCCAUCGACCCCCACUUUAGUCAGCUGUUCAGCGUCCGCCUCCACUUCAACCUCACUGACAACCACUAUGAAGAACUGAGUGACAUCAGUGUUCCGUGUCUGUUCAGAGAGAGGCAGCCACCCAAGGUGAGGCUGAGGCUGAAGCCCAGGCGGCCUUACCCCACCACCCUCCACGCCAGCGCCAUCUUCACCACCCAGGACGGCCUCUCCUGGCACACCGUCCUGCCAGACAUUCACGUGGCUUUCCAGCAGGCCUUCAUGUCUCCCCCAGCUCCCCCAGCCUGGGGACGAGGGGGCAAACAGUGUCUGUUUGAGGGUUUGUGGGACGAAAUCAGCUCUGAGGGUGGGCUAAAUGACCCGGCAGACUGUGCCACCAGCCUGUUCUGCUGCCAGCUGAAGGAGGCAGCUCUGAUCGCCUUGGUGGAAAAACACUUCCUCCCCUACCUGAUAUCAGAUCUGUCUGAUGAAGAAGAGUUCAAAGUGCUUUUCUUCCUCCCGCCACUGUCUCACAUCCUGCUGAAGAUCAGGACGGAGGAAGACGCCGUGCACUUCAACAUCGCCACAGAUAACUGGCAGCUCCUGCCUCACAUAAGUUCUUAUCUGCUGACAAUCACUUCGUUACAGGAAGAUGCUGACGGCUAACUGUGAUGCAUCUUUACUUGUUUUUUUAAAAAAAGAAGCUGAUUUUAACCAAAUCUCUAAAAUUGUCAACACUUUAAUAACUUGUACUUAAAAUGAAAUGACUCAAGACUGAUUUGAAAUAAAGUUAUUGCACUUUAAUUACCUGACAUUGAACAAAUGUGUAAAAUUAAAUAUUUUGUAAUUCACA